CGCUUAUUCUAUUCUCCAAUCCCCUCGCCGCCGCCGCCGCUCCUUCCCCAAGACCCCAACCCCCUCGCCGCCGGCACCGGCGCGGCCGCCAUGCUCCGCCUCCGCAGCUGCUGCAUCGUCGCCCGCCUCAUCUCUCCCCCCUCCGCGUCUUCCAUCCCUCCUCUCCACCGCCUCCUCUCCACCACGGUCCCGGUUCCGGCAAACCCUGGCUUCGCCGUCGAGGAGUACCUGGUCGACACCUGCGGCCUCACCCGAGCACAAGCGCUCAAGGCCUCCGCCAAGCUCUCCCACCUCAAGUCCCCCGCCAAGCCCGACGCCGUCCUCGCCUUCCUCGCCGGCCUCGGCCUCUCCGCCGCCGACGUCGCCGCCCUCGUCGCGCGGGAUCCCAAGUUCCUCUGCGCCGGCGUGGAGACGACCCUGUCCCCCAUCGUCGUCGAGCUCACGGGCCUCGGGCUGUCCCCUUCCGACAUCGCCCGACUCCUCACGCUCGCCGCCAACACCCACUUCCGCAACAAAUCCGUCGUCUCCAAGGUGCGCUACUACCUGCGCCUCUUCGGCUCCGUCCAGGAAUUCCUCCGGGCAUUGAAGCAUAACCACAAUCUCCUCUCGCACAACCUCGAGACGGUGGUCAAGCGGAACGUCGGGUUACUGCAGGAGUGCACGCUAGGUGUUUGCGAUAUUGGCAAGCUGUGCACCACUCUGCCAAGGAUGCUCACCGCCAAUGUGGAGCAAAUCCGGGCGAUGGUGGCCAGUGCUGAACGCUUAGGUGUGCCUCGCGGGUCUGGGAUGUUCAGGCAAGCUCUGCGGUCUGUUGCAUUCCUCAGCGAGGAGAAGAUCGCCGCCAGAACGGACUACUUGAAGAAGACGUUUAGGUGGUCGGAUGCUGAGGUUGGCAUUGCUGUGUCCAAGGGUCCAGUUGUGCUCGUGUCGUCAAAGGACUUGCUGAAGCGCAGGUCUGAGUUCCUUAUCUCUGAGGUGGGGUUGGAGCCGGCGUACAUUGCUCGCCACCCAUCAUUGCUCAGUUAUAGCUUGGAGGGCCGGCUCAGGCCCCGGUACUAUGUUAUGAAGUUUCUUACGGAAAACAGAUUGCUCAAGCGUCACACGUGCUACUAUACAUUUGCCAAGGCCACCGAGAUGGAAUUCUUGGACAAGUUCAUAUGCCCUUACAAGGAAGCUGCACCACACCUUGCUGAAGACUAUGCAGCUGCUUGCAAAGGGGAAGUGCCAACUAGAUUCAGAUUUACAUGAAACAAGAAUGGUCUAUGAAUUUGGUAAACUCUGCCGGAGUACACACGCGAGAGAGAGGAACACGAAGACGCUGGUGUUUUGCGAGGCACAACUACCGUCCUCUUUUCUUGUUAUCUCUUAUUUAUACGGUCAAAAAUAUUGCCGUUUUGUUACAACAGAAAAUAACGUAAACACAGCUGAGAACGGGUAUAACGGACGUGCCAUCCCACGGCCACCCGAACUGCGCUGCGACGCCGCUGCAUGCGCUGGAUUCGUGCCAUCCCACGAAGCACAAACGGCGGCCACAUCUAACUAACUACUACUAAGCCAAGACGUGAACAGACUCACGCUGCAUGGCCCUAUUAUUCAGCUAAGAAUCAGUGACCACGCACAUGCACACGUCCAUCCCCGUGCACACGCUCGCUACAAAUAUUUUAUAGAAAAACAAACAUGCACUACACCCUACGUACGUGCUAAUGCAACAGGAUUAUCUAACAUCUUCCACUCUGUUAGAUGCUGGGAUGGUCGUUGCUAACGGUUGGUUAAACUGAUGAUUUGAAUCCUGAAUCUUAGAUAUCUUAGUGUAUCAUUUGGUAGAGAAGUAAUCAUGGUCUGUUGGCUUGUUAUGAACUUGUUCAUCCUGAAGCCAUGUUAUUUAACACAGAUAUUGAAACUAAGAAAGUGUGACACAGGCCAUUAUGCAAUGCAUUAAAAUUUCUAUGCUGGCUUACAUUCUUAUCGCCUGCCAGGCUGAAAUCUCACUUCUGUGGUGUAAAGGUUCAUAAGGCAAUUAAAUAUCUAAAAUCCUUACUGCAACACAAUGAUUUUGCUUGGCGCAGUAAGUUUGCAACCUUUGUUUCAGUGCGCUCGCCUAACAAGAUGCUGACCUCUGGUAUAGUAUGAGUGUGACAUGCUAGUUUGGUCAUUGCUAACGAUUAAUGAAGCUAGUAAUUAGAUUCAUGAGUAGUGAUAUGUCCAUGUCAUCAUAAAAUUUCCUUUGAAUGACAAUUCUAGACAAUAUUUUUUGUGAGAAACUAUUUUGGACUUGCUGAUAAUCACAGUAUGUUGAUCAAUCUGUGGAGGCAGUUUUGGCCCAGUUUGUUGGUUACUUGUUCUAAUUGUAGCAAAUGGUUAGAAUUUUUACCUCUUUACUGUAGUAUCCAAUCUGCCUAGAUUGAUCUCAAGUAUUACUUACAGACAAUGCUUUAUGCAAACCAGAGCUAGGCAUUAACAGAUGUGAUACUGGACGUUAUUCAGAAUUUUACUGUCCUGAGAACUGAUCACUGAACAUAUUUUGAACAAGUUUUCGAUACAUUGUUUUUCUUCCAUGGUUGUUGGCCUCUGAACUCCUGUUCUCAUUUAGUCGUGAAUGUGCUUCUUAACUCGACACUUUCUGAUGAUAAUUUGUUUGCUUAUGAGAUGACAGCAAAAUCAUAUCAUACUGCUUGAAUUCUGCAAAAUCCCUUCUCUGUAUAUUGUUGUUGCCUCGUUGGUUGAUCCACUAUAGUGCUUGAGAGCUUUGGGUAGUGUUCCAUUGAUUCAAUAAGUAAUCAUGCAGCUCAGCUAUUAGGAAUCAACAGUAAGUUGUGGACAAUCAUUUACAUUUCCUAUCGCAGGCUACUUGUUUGUCUUGCAAGACCGUCCUCCCUUGCUAUAUUAGCAUUCUCAUUAUGUGUUUGAUUUUUGGAAUCUGUGGCCAUGCACCUGGACAUCCUCAUGAGUCAUGACAAGUAAACAUCCCUUUUACUAGGUGCUCAAUUUCUUUUGUAUAAUUCUAAGUAUAUAUUGAAUUUCUUUUGCCCUUAUAACGUGGAGAGAUUUUCAUUUGCUCCAGAACCAAAUCACUGAUAAGAAUAUAUUUUUGUUGGGGCUAAUAUUCAUGUAUGUCAUGAAAAAAAUGAUUCAGAGCGUAAGUAUACAAUGACAAUACGCAUCUGAGCUGUCAUAAUGUUAGAGCAUAAGAUCAAUUAUUGACUCUUUACCAAUAUUGAUUUUGGAUAUCACUGGAUGCCAGCAUAGUGUAUACGAAUUAGUUGCUAAUUCUAUCUUAAGUGAAUUAAUGUCUUCUGUACAGUUGCACCUACACUGUCUCUGAUUUAUUUCGUAGCAAUGACUUAUAUAGUUAACUACCUUUUUUUAUUUGACCUUGUAUUGGCAUACCAAAUUGCGCUGGGUAAGAGCAGACUUGUAACUGAUGCUCCGUGAAAAUAAAUAUGCAUCUUCUGUGAUACAGUUAAGAUGUUUUUCCUGAUAUCUGACCGGACCUUUGUCGAAGCCAGUGUAGCGCGCUUGAUCGAGUUAUAGGUAGUGUGCCAUGAUACUAACUUGCUCCAUAUGGUCAUUGUCGACCUGUGCUUUGACUGGUGCGCUAGCUCCAUAGAAGAAUUCAGCGCAUUUACAGGUCUGCAAGGUUGACAAAAAUCCUUGUUUUCUUUUUCUCAUUCCUUCAGACAACUUCGGGUACAGCAACUCGAGCAUCCAUCUUCUUUUGUUUUUUCUGAACUGGUUGGUUGUGAGCUUUAUCUGUGAAGGGAUCAUGAGUUUUCUUUGCCUUGAAUAAUAGAGUGUAUAUGAUAGCUGUUGGAGUUAGCUUUGUUGUUCUGGACGAUUUGGAAAACGAGAAAUUCAGCUGUUUUCAUAU